GGUGGUGGUUGAAAAUCCAAGCGUGAUGGAUGAUCAAAACGGAUCUAUAAUAACUGAGGAUGAAGCUGCCUUGUAUGACAGGCAAAUACGGCUUUGGGGCCUGGAUGCUCAGAAACGGCUGAGAGCUUCACGUGUUUUGCUCGUUGGCAUGCGCGGUAUUGGAGCCGAAAUAUGUAAGAAUCUUGUGCUUUCAGGUGUGAAGUCCUUGACAAUAGGUGAUUCCAAUCCUGUAAACGAACAGGAUUUUUUGUCACAGUUUCUGGUGCAGAGACAGGAUUUAGGAAAGAACCGUGCGGAGUCUUCCCUCCAGAGGGCCCAGCAACUCAACCCUAUGGUACAAGUAAAGGCUGACAGUGAGGAUAUUUCCAAGAAAAGUGAUGAGUUUUAUAGAGAUUUUGAUUUAGUUGUAGCCACAGACUGUUCUGCAGAUCAGCUGGUAAGUAAUUUCUGCAUGGAACACUCCACUCUUAGUCUUACUAGUAGACAAAAUACUAUCACAAGGGCUGCAAUCGUCGUGGGUUCAAGUCCCAUCUGGGGCUCGGGUUUUUUAACAUGGCAGUAUAUUUCCAAUGAACUCAUGUCUUUCAGAGAGAAACCAAAGGUUGUUAAGGCACCAGAAAAGAAUAACUCAGGAUCUGAUGGCGAACCAGAAGCAAAACGUAGAAAAGUCGAUGCUAGUGAAACCACCAUAGUUCAAAAGUUUGCAGAAUUCUACAGAUUGAAAGCUGCAUUGUCAUGCAAACUAGAUGACAGACCUGUAAAGAUUUUGAAAAGAUUACCUUCUGUAUAUUUUAGGAUGAAAGUUCUUCUAAGAUUUCGCAGCCAAUAUGGCCAACUCCCUCAGACUUCCACAAGUUGCGAGGACAAAGAGAAAUUGUUAAUACUAAGGGAUGAAAUAAUGAAGGAACUGAACCUCGAUGUGACGCUUCUUCCAGAGGAAUUUGCUUCGCACUGCAUUGCAGAAGUGAGUCCUGUGUGUGCCAUUGUUGGCGGCAUCGUGGGGCAGGAGGUUGUAAAGGCUGUUUCAGGAAGAGAUGCCCCACUGAAUAACUUCUUUUUCUACAAUGGUGUAGAGGGACAUGGAUCUGUGGAAUGCUUCAAAUGAUGUUGCAACAUUCUUUCUUUCAUCCAUUAAGUUUAACUGUUAACAGGAAGCCUUGUUUGAGAGGACAUGAAUCAUCAGCAGUCCGUAAACUUCCGUGUGUGGUGGGCUGUAGGGCGACCCCCACAGAGACAAAUUACUUUGAGAUGUGCAAAUGACAUUUUUUUUAUUCUUCUUCUUAUUAUUAUUAUUAUUAUUAUUAUUAUUGUUAUUAUUAUUAUUACUAUGAUUACUAUUAUUAUUAUCAUUGCUGUAUAUUUUAAUUGAGAUUAUCAUUAUUCUUAUUAAAGAUGAGCAUUUUGUCGCAAGUAAAUAACUAGUAAUUAAUAGUGAAAGAUCCUUUCAAAUGUAACUGAUAUUAUUUAAAACUGGAUCAUUGGCUAAUGCAAUUCAAGACUUUUUAUUGGCUUAGCAAUUAUGGUAUACAAGCCAAUA